UACAGAGAACACCAGAGUGAAUUCACUCCUCUUUGGAUUUCCUGCAAGUUAAUUGUGAUGCCGUAAAGAUGUUUCCACAUGCGGGAGCUACUUCCAUGUGGGCAUCCUGCUGCGGRUUGCUGAAUGAAGUCAUGGGUACGGGAGCAGUGCGUGGCCAGCAGGCUGGAUUUGGGGGAGGUGCUGGCCCCUUCAGGUUUACACCAAGUGCAGACUUCUCAGCAUAUCCAGCUCCAGCUGCAGCCGGCACCAACAUCGUCUGCAAAGCCUGUGGACUCUCCUUUUCGGUUUUUAGGAAAAAACAUGUGUGUUGUGACUGCAAGAAGGAUUUUUGCUCAGUUUGUUCAGUCUUACAAGAGAAUCUCAGAAGAUGCUCCACUUGUCACUUGCUGCAAGAAACGGCCUUCCAGCGCCCUCAGCUAAUGAGAUUGAAAGUGAAGGAUCUGCGUCAGUACCUGAUCCUCAGAAACAUCCCCACAGACACCUGCAGAGAGAAGGAAGACCUGGUGGACCUGGUGCUGUGCCACCACGGAUUGGGGUCGGAGGAGGACAUGGACGCUGGCAGCUUGCGUUCGUCACGGUCACAGACUUCGGGCUUUUUUACSCAUCCCUUUUCCAUGUCUGUAUCCAUGUCAAAUCCAGGAGAACUUGCCAACAGAAGGGGAAGCACAGGAAGUGGAACACCUUUACGGGGACAAAUGGAAACAUCUGUAAAUAAUGAAGAAGAAGAAAGUGCAGAAGAGCAGACCCCAGGGAUGUCCAGGAAGCGAGCGAGGGCGUCCCUGUCUGAUAUUUCCAGUCUGGAAGACAUCGAAGGGUUGAGUGUCCGGCAGCUGAAGGAAAUACUCGCCUGCAAUUUUGUCAACUACUCAGGAUGCUGUGAAAAAUGGGAACUUGUGGAAAAAGUGAGCAGACUAUACAGAGAGAAUGAGGAAAACCACAAGACACAGGGGGAGAAGAUGCAGCUGAACGAGGACGAUGACAACCUGUGCCGGAUCUGCAUGGACGCCGUGAUCGACUGCGUGCUGCUGGAGUGCGGCCACAUGGUCACCUGCACCAAGUGCGGCAAGAGGAUGAGCGAGUGCCCCAUCUGCCGCCAGUAYGUSGUSCGGGCCGUGCACGUCUUCAAAUCCUAACGAGCCCUGCCCUGAGCACCCCGGGCAGGAUUCCUGUGGGCAGGAGUGCUGGGGCCUGGGGCACACGGCAGCAUUGCAGUUCUUGCUUAAACGCGGCCUUUUCAAAGAUUUAGAAGUUGGUGAAAGGUUUUUCAAGCAGCUCCUGCAGCGCAGGGCUGGGCAGGCCCAGGUGCUGCCCCACUUACCUUAGAGCCCCACAGAGCGGGGAGUCAAACUGUUUACAGCAGUUGUUGCUCUCUUCUGAAGAAUCUCACCUGUCCUUAUGCAUUCAGCACUCAAGUGGUCAGCAAACACCUCUGCUUGAGCCUAUUAGCCUGUGGUGUUCUCUAGUGCAUUAGAAGCAAUGAAUAUAUCAGUUGAUUAUUCAGCUUUUCCCUAACGAUAGAAUGUAUCUGUUCCCACACCGUGGCUGCGGUGCCGGUGUUGGGCACGGCUUAGGAAGCACUGCCAUGAACUCUCCCGCACAGAAGCCCUUAAGCAAUCGUGCUUCAUGCUGAUUGCUCCCUCUGAAUGUCUGUCAUGACACGUGUGCUGUCUUGGCUGUUCUGUCAGUGUACMAAACACUCCAUCACUUUGCAGGGCUCAGGGGCUGCACAAGGCUCUGCCUGGUGGGUUCCAAAAACCAGUUACUAAGUGGUUCUUAGUUUAGGAAUAAACUAUUUUUUUAAGAAGGGUUAUUAUAGGAAACCAUAUUAGCGUGGUCUUUAAUCCGCUCAUGCCUGUUGUAACUAUUAAUCUGUGAUGAUUGUACUCCAUGUGCCGACAGCCUGAUGUUACUGUGAAUCCUGAUCAGGGGCACCACCUCCUUGCUGCUAAUGUGGAAUGUAUGGCAUUACUAACCUUAACUGGGGAGGRGGAGGCAGGAGCAGGGACAGGAAACAGAGUUUUUGUUUAAAACWUGUUCAGACUUUCACCCAAAGCCAAGUUACCCAAACCAGCUUCCCAGGGGCUGCUGAGGGCCUGUAUUGCUGCCAGCCCUUGGCCCAGGCUGGGCUUUGUGCCAUGAGCUGGGGUACAGCUCCUCUUGGAGGAGGAAUUGUAGUGGUCCUUGUAGGAUAUCUGUGAGUGAUGAUCUGGGGAAAGGAGCAGCAGGAAUAGCUCUUGGGAGGGAGAACAGGAUGCCUGUGGCCAAGCAKGUCCAGGGACAGGGAUUGGUGAAGUUCACUGUAAAAAAACAGGUGAGUAAGGACCGUGUGUGUCCAGUUACUCUUUGGGCAGAGUUGAUUURCAAAGGUUUGGUUUCCCUGAUUUCCCAUGUGGCAGUAAAGUUCGGGUGUAGGACCUGAGAACUGGCACCUGUGCUGCACCAGCACCUGCUCUUGUUUUUGUGAACAGUUCYGCUGCCUUGGAAAAAAGUAGCUCCUCCUCACUGUAACACAGCUCCAAGMUCUACUGGGUAUUUUUCAGAAGGGAGCAAACCUCUCAAUGGCUUUAUUUUUUAGAAGUAACUUUUUAAUGGUACUUAAUUCCUGGAGCCUGUCCAGAGGGGAGGCUAAUGAAGACAGACAUGCCCUCGGUGUUAUUUCCAUGCUGCUCAUUAGCCACUCGAGCUGAAUAAAGAUUGGUGAUGGGCUCUCAGCCUCUGUCUCUUUUCUUAUCCAGCCCUGGCAGUGCUGCGRGUUACUGAGCUCCAGCUUUAAUGUUCUCGAGCUGUCAGUGCUCCUCAAGCCUGACCUGGGCAGAUCCCUGCUGGAGGAAUGGAGAUGUGGGUAUUUCAGUACUUCCUCAGUAACAAUGUACUGGAAAAUGC